AUGUCAACUACUUUCUCAAAUAUAAUUUUAGAUUUUAUCUUUAGUUUUAUUAAGGAACCUAUAGAUCGAGCAUCAUUCAUUUUGACAUGUAAACGAUACUAUAAUGAACGUGAUUGCUAUUGCAACUAUUUCAAGAAAAUCGAUAGAUCUAGAUCAACAAGUCAGAAGCAACCAGAUAGCGACAACUAUGAUAAAAAGUCAUUGUCAACUUUUUCAAUGUCACCAGUGAUGUGCACUCUCAUCUUUCAUAGGGAUAACUUUGAUCGAUGCAUCAGUGAGAUCAAGGAAGAGCAUACGAUCUUAUCGAUCAACGGUGUUUGUGAAUACGGCUAUCUAAGUAUUCCUCCAUCGAUAGAGACUCUCCGUAUCAACACCCUAGGAGAGUCAAUACCAGCUGGCAAAAUACCGCUUACCAUCAAGAAGUUGCAGCUUGAGACUACCUUCAAAAAGCCGUCGCUCGGACCAAACUAUCUACCUGAUACGUUGGAAUCUCUCAAACUCUCGAGAUACCGCCACAGUUUGAAAGCAGGCGAUUUGCCUUGCUAUCUAAAGGAGUUAGAUUUAGGAACUGUUCUGACUCAGGAGUUCAUUGAUGGCAAUGAUAUCUUUCCGAAAUCGUUGGUAAAGUUGAAGAUGUCGAUGGCGUCAAAACAGAUACCCUCUGUGAAAUGGUUACCAUCGAAUCUACAAUACCUACGUGUUGGCGAGCAACUCCAGAGCACAUUGAACAUGUCGUUUCCGGCUGGAUUGCAACAGCUUCAUUUCCCAAAGCAAUCGAGCUUCAACUCGGAUCUCGACCUAAGCAAUAUGUCCAAUCUAACUCAUUUAUCUUUGCCCAUAAACUACAGUAGUAAAGUAACAUACCCACCAAGCUUAAAACAAUUGAAAUGCGGUAAGCGAUACUUGGACAUUCAAUGUACAGCAACUAAAGAUCAUAAACAUUCAUUUGAAUCAAUAAUAUUAUUCAAUGAAAAAUAUGAGUUCAAUUUAAUACAAUUGACAACUUCAGAUAUAAAUGAAAUCCAAUACCUUUUGAUAAUGAAAAACAAUCAUCCAAAACUAUAUUUUUCAUCAAAUAAAGUAUUGUUUUUGUAA